CACUUCCCCUGGCCUAUUUUUAUGCUGCGCUACCAUAACAACCUGCCACUGUGGAAAGCGGUAAACAGAAAAUUUUCACCGUUCGCAAUCAUUUUCCUGAAUUUCCCGUGAACGAAAGGUGUCCGAAGUAAAUCCAUCCGCUGGAGACGUUCGGAAAAUGGAUUCGUAUUAGGAUUAGGCACUGGUAAAAGCACAACGGCAGCAGACAACGAUGAGCGGGGAUAAGGUUCUUUACCGGAACGAGGAACCCCACGGCCAAGGUGAUGUGUACUUCUUGUGGCAAACGGGUGGUUCGGCCCAACUUAUGGCCUCCACUGGAAGCGAUGGAACGGUUGCAGUGUUCAAUCGGCAAGGUUUACUCAUAGAGCGGAUCGUUCUGCAGGGACUCUGCGCGGGUUUUGCAUGGGACAAAGAUGGAGAUGUGUUGGCUAUAAUCACUCAGAGCUCGCCACAGUUGAUCGUAUGGGAUUCGAACUCGCAGAAGAAACAGCACGUUGACAUCGGUUUGCGUGAUCCUCCGAGCUGUAUCAUAUGGUCCACGAGAAAUUUGCUGCUAGCUGUGGCCACUUCUAGAGGCAAUCUGUCGAUAUACAACCAUGCAACUACAAAGCGGAUUCCCAUUUUGGGGAAGCAUACCAAACGAAUCACUUGUGGUGCAUGGGGCUUCGCAAACUGGGGAUCGGGGAACGUGGGAAUGGUACACAUUCUAGCAUUGGGAAGCGAGGAUAAGACAUUGUCUUUGAGCAACGAAGAAGGCGACACUUUGAGGUCGGUUCAACUGCGGGACAAUCCAAGUGAUAUGCAUUUUGCUGAGAUGAAAACGGACGAACGACUUCCGGGUGAGAAUACGAUAAGUAUGAUUCUUGGGAAAAGGACACUGUUCUUGUAUCAUCUGCCGGAGCCGGAUUCUCCGACGGAACUUGGAUUUCAGCAACGUUAUGGAUCGUUACUGCAGCACAAAUGGUUCGGAGAUGGAUAUGUUCUACUGGGAUUCAGUUUAGGACACGUGGUAGCAAUUUCGACGCAUCCUAGAGAAGUAGGACAAGAGCUGUGGCAGGUUAAGAACCAUCGAGAUUCUUUGAAUAGCAUUGCAGUGUGUAAAGAACUAGAGCUUAUAGCUUCUUGCGGUGACAAUAACAUCAAAAUACAUUCCAUGAGCAAUCUACAGGAAACGAUAAAAAUUCUAACGCUGCACGACCAAGCAGCGCUAAAGAACAUCGAGUGGAGCUCCGAUGGACAGCUGCUUGGAGUGACCACAUCGCAGGGCGCAAUUUGCGUAUUCGUUACAAAACUGCACUCCCUGUAUGCUGUAUCUCCGCCUCGGAUAGCGUUACUUUCCAGCUUAGCGGAAGUUGCUAUCCACCAUUAUGCACCGGAUAAGAUCAAAUCCGCACCGACGACGAUCGCCCUGGAGAUCGAGCCAUCAUUCCUAGCGGUGGGGCCUUACCAUAUGGCAUGCGGGAUGAACAAUCACGUUUGGUUCUAUGACCUAGGGCGAACGUUGAACGACAGUCCUCUACUGCUCGGUGAUCGAGAGUACAUGUCGGAAAUCAAGGAAGUUGCAUUGAGUUCUGAGUACUGUGCCGUUCUUUGCGGAGGACAAAUCAUGCUCCAUCCGAUCGAAUCUACCAACGAGGUCACGCUUAAUCGUGAACCUAAGAUAUUCCCAGACGAAGUUCGUGGCAUGAGUGAGUCAUUGAUCACCUGUUUAGCCUUAACCAACGAUUUCCUCUGCUUUGCAACAGAUCUCGGUAAUAUUAUCCACUUCUCGUUAGAACGCUGGUCAACAGUGGUGCAAUUUCGACAUCAAGUUGGUAUAAAAUCACUGCAUGCCGACUUGGACGGAACGCGACUAGUGUUCAUCGAUGACCACACCCAUGGAUACGUCUACAUUUCGGCUACGGAAGAAUCGAUUCGAAUUCCCGAGUUUCCCAAACAUGCCAUCGGUGUUCUGUGGGAUUACUCGCACUCAACCGUGUUCAUUGCUUUCGAUCGGAGUAGUUGUGUGACGUAUGCUUUAGUAAGGACUUCAGUGGCAGGGAAAAGGAUUGAAAAAGUUGGAGUUACCAGUUUGAUCAGUGAUCAGAUGCCAUUGAUGUUAUACGAUGGUGAACUGUGCCUUCAUGGGAGCGGCGGACGGCUAACAAACAUUGUUCUUGAUACACAUGCCAACAAACCUGGUAGAGAUGUGAAGGAGCAGCUCAGAACUGUUCGCUCUAUGCGAAAAUACAAUGAAGCUUGGGAAUUGUGCAAUUUGAUGAACGACGUCGAGGAGUGGAAGGAGCUAGGAAAAGCAGCAAUAGCAGACCUGAAUGUUACUUUUGCGAUCAAAGUUUAUCGUAACAUUGGAGACGUAGCAAUGGUAUACGCCUUGGAGGAUAUAGUACAAAUAGAAGAUCUUAACACGUUAGCCGGAUUCUGUGCCUUACUAUUGAAUAAGAUCGACGAGGCAAAGACGCUGUUUGCCAAAAGCGGGAACCCACAGGAAGCUCUUGAACUGUGUCGAGAUCUGUUACAGUGGGAACAAGCGAUGGCUCUGGCCGGGUCUCUUGCUCCUGAGCAACUACCAUUUCUGGCACGAGAGUACGCCCAACAGUUGGAGUUUACUGGAAGUUAUGCGGAAGCACUCAUAAACUUUGAACGUGGCUUGAAAAGUGAUAUUCUUCCCAGCUCAGAUGGAGUAAUCGAACAGGAAGUCCUUAGUCAACAUUUGAAUUUGUGCAAGGCAGGAAUCGCACGUACUAGCAUUAAAUGCGGAGAUUAUCGUCGAGGCGUACAGCUGGCUCUAGAGUUGAAUGAUAAAACACUAUUCAACGAUUGCGGAGAAGCUUUGAUGGCUAACGGUAACCUCAACGAAGCAGCCGUCCUUCUUGAGAAAGGUGAAAACUGGGACAAAUGCUGUGAACUAUACAUAAAUCUCAAGCAGUGGAAGAAAAUCGAUCACAUUCUACCGAACGUAACUAGUCUUAAGCUGCAUGCAGCCUACGCCAAAGCAAAAGAGUCGGAAGGACACUACGCGGAUGCUAUCAACAGUUACCACUUGGCCGGAGACUUAGAUAGUGUUGUUAGAAUUUAUCUAGAAUACCUCUCCGAUCCUCAUAGCGCAUCAGAGAUCCUUCUGGAAACGCGAUCCAUCGAAGGAUCGAAACUCUUGUCGAAAUAUUUUGAGCAGCACGGAGAUUAUGAAUCAGCAAUUCAAUUCCUGGUACUCUGUGGCUCCAUUUCGGACGCGUUCGCGAUUGCCCAAAAACAAAAUAAAAUUCGCUACUAUGGUGAAGUUUUGGAGCAGAGCUCAAACGCAAAACCCAGUGAUUACCUCGUUCUUGCCACGCACUUCGAAAACGAAAAGUACACGCUUCUAGCAGGGAAAUACUAUUUCCUAGGUAAAGAAUACUCAAAGGCUUUGAAACACCUUUUGAAAGCUUCAUCAUUUAGCAAUGAAGAGAAUACUGCACUUUCACUAGCUAUUGACUGCGUAGCAUCGGCUAACGACGAAAAACUCUCCAACCAGCUAAUUGAAUAUCUACUCGGAGAGACAGAUGGAGUUCCCAAGGAUCCAAAACUUCUGUUUCGCCUAUACAUGGCGAAAAGACAAUUCAAGGAAGCUGCAAAAGCAGCAAUGAUAAUUGCCAACCAAGAACAAACUGCUGGUAACUACCGAAGUGCGCACGAUCUACUUUUCUCAAUGUACCAGGAGCUCAAGCGCAACAACCUUACAAUAGCAUCCGAUAUGAAGGCUUCCUUGACUCUGCUGCAUCGAUACACAUUGGUGAGGACGCAUGUCAAACGUGGCAAUCACCUGCAGGCAGCACGUCUAUUGCUACAAGUGGCUAAGAAUAUCUCCCAGUUUCCAUCGCAUGUCGUCCCCAUCCUGACCUCCACGGUAAUCGAAUGCCACCGAACCGGGUUGCGCAAGUCCGCCUUCGAGUACGCCGUGAUGCUGAUGCGAUCAGAAUUUCGCGGCCAGAUUGACGCUAAGUAUGCCAAAAAGAUUGAAUCAAUUGUACGCAAGGCACCCCGUGGGCAACUAGAGGACGAAGGUGCCUACGACUCCAGUCCGUGCCCGGUGUGCGAGGCCAAUCUUCCAACGAUGGAUUUCAUCUGCGGGCAGUGCAAGACGACACUACCGAUAUGUAUAGCAACGGGUCAACACAUUGUUAAAGAGGACGUAGCAGCGUGUCCGGAAUGUGACUUUCCUGCUUUAAAAAUGGAAAUGAUGAAAAUAUUGGAAUCAACAGAAAACCAGUGCACAAUGUGUGGCGAGGAGAUAGACUCUACUCGUCUUGUAGACAUUGAAGAUAUUCAGCCGUACAUUGACGGUACGGCAACGUGAUCUCAUAGCUAACCAUAGACAGUGCAAACUACGGCACCAUGUUCCAUACUGAUGUACCUUUCAAUGAUUAAGAGCUUUGAGUGCUUUAAGGGUAAGGAACGAUCUCUCUUGAUGUUGGAAAUCAAAUAAAUGUAGUAUAAGCAUGGUC